CACUUCAUCGUCUGCAUUACUAUUAGCCAUUUUGAUUCCUUCUUUUGCAUCACUUUGCUCUCAUCAUACCAGAAAAGUGAUACAAACAAAAACAAAAACACUGAGUUCAUUGAGUUGAGAGAGAGAGAAAGAGCAUGGACGGAAGAGGAGGUUGUUGUAUAGUCAGAAAUGCAACUGGUGCAUACGAUAUGUCAACCAUGGAAAGAAUAAUGCUUAGGUUUCGCCCUAUCGCUCCGAAACCUUCAGUUGCCGGAACCGGAACCAGAACCGGAAACACCGCUUCUGAAGGCUCUUCUUCAGAGAGCGGUGAUGCUUUUUACCAAACUAGCAGAGCUAGGAGAAAGUACGUCAAACAAAACAGUACUCCUGAGAAACGAAGGAUCCGCCGGAAGAAAACCGUUUCUUCAACGCAUCCGGUGCCGGUAACUCUUCCUUUACUUCCGGAAACUCCCGAUCCAAAGGAGUCUCCGGCGAGAGAUCUAACCCUAACUGGAGAAAAUAAAAACAUGCCACCGUGUCAGUGGCUGAGUUUCGAGAACCACAACAAGGUAGUAACGGUGGAUCCGGUUACGAAGUGCUAUUAUUCGAGCGUGACGGUGGAGUGCGUGAUGGACGCGUGGGUGGAGGGAGAGGGACUAGGGAGUACGGACGAAGAAAAGAGAAUGAAGAUGAGCGUGGACACGUGUCCGGGGUUUAUAUCGGACGGUUACGGGAGAGUGACGUGGACAAACGGUGCGUAUAGGGAGAUGAUGGGUGAGGGAGGUGUAGGGUUGUUGAUGAAAGUAAGUGGCGUGGUUCUGUCUCCGUCGUUCACGUGUAGGGUUAGAGUGGUGCAGUUUGAAUGUGGGAGUGGAAGGGAGAGAAACUCUCUUACCCUACCUUGUGAUGUGUGGAGAAUGGAUUUUGGUGGGUUUGCAUGGAGGUUAGAUGUUAAAGCUGCUCUUAGCUUGCGAUUGGGUUGCUAAAACUAAAUCACUCCUUUUCUAAGUUUAAUUUCUGUUUUCGUUUUUUUUUUUUCUUCUUCCAAGAAGUCAAGAACACUGUUCACUCUAUUGAGUACUGGUAGUUGUAUUUGAGUUGAACCAUAAAUGUACAUACUAGCUGGUUGACUGUAAAUUAGAGUUGUCUGAGUUGGUUGUCUUCUGUUCCUUUGAGCUUGGAACACCGGUUGGCCGAUGAAUGUGUACACACACUACUAUGAUUAUCGUUUUUAAUUGUUUAUUUAAUGCCUUAACUCAA